GUUCUCUGUAUUAUCAACGACGAUUUCCAGCACUUCGCAUUUUCCGAUAACACUCUUGUUACACCAAUUGAAUCAGCAAUAGUGAUGCUCACAUUAGCUAUUGGUGAUUUGUAUAUCCCGGACAGGGCGAUCGAAAUACCCGCCAAGUUCCGUAAACUAUUGGCACCAAACCCCCAAUCGAUUCCUUCCAAUAAUAAGAUUUCACAGGUGUUAUGUUUGGGGAACGUCACCAGUUCGUUGGAGACCCUUCAAUUCUUACACAACUUAUCGCCUUCUUUCCACCUUGUGAGGGGGGAGUUUGACGACACGAAUAUUUUGUCCCAACAAUUGAACCAGCUUACUGGGUCAGAUGAAGUCAGUGAUGUCCCCAACUAUAAGAUUACAAUACAUGACAAUUUGAGGAUUGGGUUCACUAAUGGAUACCUGGUAAUUCCUAAAAAUGAUCCGUUGAGUUUGCUGGCAUUGGCCAGGGAGUUAGAUGUGGACAUAUUGAUCUGGGGCGGCACCCAUAAGGUGGAAGCGUAUAUUCUUGAUGGGAAGUUUUUCAUAAAUCCUGGAAGUGCCACGGGAGCGUUUGGGUUUGAUUGGCCCAAUGAUGAAGAGGACGAGGAGGAUGAGGAUGAGGAGGAUGAGGGAGAAGAAAAGGGAGAGGAGAAGCUCGAAUAUGAAGAACCAGCAUCAACAAAAUCAGGCCAGAUCCAAAAAGACAGUGAUCCCGACUUCACCGCCGAAGAUAUUGCCCAGGUCGCACACCAAACAUCCAACAUCCCAUCCUUUUGUCUCUUGGAAACCCACACCUCAACUUGCACAUUAUAUAUUUAUACUUAUCUAGGGGAAGAGGUCAAAGUUGAUAAAGUUACAUAUCAUAAAGAAUAGAGUCAUUACUAAAAGAGCCUUAUGCUUGGACUGAUGAAUAGUGCAAUACAAACUCCUUUUUAAUCUUUUCCCAGUUGUGUGGAUCGAAAAAGAUGUAAACACCCUUUUCCACAUCCUGACUGAUCAACACCGGCUCCACAUUACUAUCUUUUGUUAACCACACCUGAAUUUCCUUGUGGUAUCUCCAAUUCCGAGCCACCAAUUCCCUGGCAGCGUACUCUUGGAGCGUGUCUCUUGGUUUCAUGUAGAAAAUGUAGAAUAAUGUUUCAUCAGAAAACGAUUGAAUCUUGGAAUCACAAGGUCCGGGAGCAGGAAUGAUAUUUUGAGGUUGGAUGGAUUCGGGUAAUGUGAAGUAAGGUUCGACCUCAGACCGCGAGGUUUCCGACCAAGGAGAUGCCAAGUUCUUCAAGAUUUGCGAGUUGGAACCCAAGUCCAAUCCCAAUAGGUUCAAAUCUUGUCCUAUGGAAAAGGUCGUCUUCUCAGGGUUAUCCAUUUUCACCAAUGAAGCCACGCCUUGUAAGCCGUACUUGGCCAUGUCAUUGUCUAGGACCACUGAGCCGUUGCCAUUGCCGUUAGAUAUCGCGCUAGACGAGGGCGGGGUAUUCGCCGUUAGUCCUGGUGGAAGCAUUAGUGGUUUAAAAUGUGUUGGACAAAUUUUGAAUGUGUUUCGCACUUGGGCCAGUGACGGUGAUAGUGGAGGGAACUGGGAUGUGUGUGCGAAGGAACCUCAAAUAGAGGAACUCAUACUCUCCACAGAUGGCAUAAUACCACAGCUAGUACUCACCAGAACCAAUUUGACAACACACACCUGGUCCAUACAGUUACCGGUUUCUACACCUAUUUAGUACACAUUUAGCAGCCUCGCUCAUCGCAAAAAAUCAAAUCCUCAUGUCUCGCAGGCAGCUCCCCAACAUAAUAAUCACUGGUACGCCAGGAUGUGGCAAGACCUCGCAUGCCGAGGCACUCCAGACGCGUCUUGGUAAGCCCUACAAACACUACUCUAUCAGCGAUUUGGCCAAACUGCGUGGUUUGAUUGAAAGUUAUGAUGAGACCCUCGACACUUCAGUGGUGAAGGAGGAUGAGCUAUUAGAUUCGUUGGAGCCCGAGUUGGAGAGUGGAGCGGUGAUAAUUGACUGGCACGUGUGUGACAUAUUUCCCGAGCGGUUGGUUGACUUGGUGGUGGUAUUGAGAACUGACAAUUCCCAUUUGUACGAUAGAAUGGUUGCCAGAGGCUAUAAAGAUAAUAAGAUUCAAGAAAACUUGGAUGCGGAGAUCAUGGAAGUGAUUCUUCAGGAAGCACAAGAGUCGUACAACCCCGAAAUAGUGGUUGUGUUGACGUCGAACUUGGAGGAGGAGAAAUUAGAUAAUGUGGAUAGAAUUUCCCAGUGGAUCAGCAGCUGGGUGGAAGACCACCCCACCGGAGUGACCAAUGAGUUUGAGGGCAGCCAGAGUGAUGAGAGUAGCGAAGAAUCAGAAGGCGAGUCAGGUGACUCCAGUGACUCCGACGAAAAUUAGCCUUGUAUUAUAUUAUUUAGAACCCAAUCCCAAUCAUUUAUUUAAAACACUAUGUGCAAUAAGAUACGUCUCACGUAAUACAACACCGUCAAACACAACACCCCCAUAAGUACAUAAUAACCCUUGGUGAUGGCAAUAUAUGACCACUUCUGUUGAAUUUUUGUCAAGUUGUGCUUUUCUAAUUCAGAAACACACACACUGUUUUGGGCAAAAAUGUACUUGGCUUCUUCCACAAUAUCCUGCUUUUGUUCUUCUGUCAAGGUGUUUCUGGUGAAAAGCUCAUAGUCUCUCUUGAAAAUAAUCCUCAAGAAGUCCUCAUCUUCCACGUUGAAUGUGUAAAAAUUUGUGCCCAUUUUGACGAUUUCAUCGUAACUGUGUCCCGGCACGUGAGGAAAAAGCCCGGUGGCCUUAGAAAUUGACGACCUCAUAAUUCUACCCCCAGCAAAUAACGCCAAGUACAUAACGUGCAUGUAUGCCAAUAACAAGUAUGGCUUUUGUUUGGUGGCUUGCUCGAUGUGGUUGGAAAACUUGAUUUGUUCGGGCAUAAUGGGAGUUUCAAAUUUUUCUCUAGUGUUGUCAUAGUAGAAGAGUAAGUCCUUCUCAGCAUUUUCAGUUCUGGCCAUCACUGGCUUCCACACUGACCUUAAUAAGCGUGUCAUGUCGUCGUCAUUGCUCUUAGCAAGCUCUCUGUUUAUGGAUCUUUCAAUAGACUGGAAAACAUGAUAAAACAGUUGUAAUCCUUGCCUGUAAAUCUUGGGGUCUCGGUAGGCAAUGGCCAAUUUCAAGGUAACCUGUUUGUCGAUUUUAUCAUGUAAUCCUCGAGUUUCAGUAUUGAUUCUGUUGGCAAGAGCGCCCACAUCGUUCUUCAACGGCAAGAUUUCUUGUUGUCCAAGUUUUGCUGGCAUGACGUAUCUUUUGUGAUUAAGCAAAUGGGAGGGAUGGACCGCUUUAUAAAGCGGGCCCCUCGAUAUUU